CGGUAGUAGUGGCCUUCAAGUUGUACACACAGGCUGGGUGGUAUCUCUCUAACCAUUAUUUCCACAUGUAUCCUUAACAAAUCUUACGUUUCAUCAUGAAAUGGAGAGACAGAAUAUCAAUAUUGUCAAGGAAGCGGAACCAUGGCAAUGUUGGACAUCCAGUAAAUAGGCAGAAUGACUUGCCGUCUGGAUCAGGAAUUGCUGCUAACAGCAACCUUGCCUCCAAUAGUGCCCCAGUAGAGAGUGUAGAAAACACCCUCUCUCAGUUGCGUCCUGUUAUAGGUCCAGACCAUAAGAGUUACUAUAUUUUAUUACGUGGCGACGAAGAUUCGUUUAUGUGUAUUCAACCCGCUAAGGAUGUUAUAAACAGUUUAGAUGAAGUGGUGAAGAAUGUCAUUAGCACAGUAAAACUGGCCAAGCCACCUUUACAGGGGGCCGAAUUAUCCUCAAAUGCCAAAAGACCGAGAUACAGUCAAGCUAAAACAUAUACAAGUACAUUGAAUCAUAAACAAAUUAGUAAUAUAAGAAGAAAUGGAAUUCGUAGUUCUGCCCCGACACUUCUCAAUGAAGAAGAGAAAGUAGGGUCAAGUGUUGCCUUAGAAAAUGUGUUUCUCAGUAAAGCAGGAAGUAGUUCUCCUGUGAUGGAUAAUGUUGUAGAAAAUGUGAUACUUAACAGGACAUUAGUGUAUCCUUUCGUGCAAAAUAGGUUAAGAUCCAACGGUACAGUGAAUGUUAAUACAAAGCAGGAAUCUUGCUUAUUUAUAUCAAGUGACUAUGGAAAUGAAAGUGGCUCAGACUCUCUAAUUAUGCCAGCUACUGAAGCAGAACUUAUUCAAAACAUUGCUCAAAGUGAUUCAUCAUUGAGAAAGAGCGACUGUAAAGUCGGUCUGGCCCACACCGAAAACACGAGCGAAAGUCACGUUGCGCCGCAAAGCUACCUAAGGCAGGCUCUAGAAGCUGUCGGGUCCGAUGCAAAAGACGUGACGUUGGCGGUGACGGGACAGACCGCAACACCUACAGAACUCUGCCUCGUCGCUAAAGAAGGGACGGUCCUGACUGAGGAGGAGAUCACAUCACAGAUAAAAACAUUAAUUGAAUCAGAACAGUUGAUUGUUGAGGAGGACAGCCAGAUUGUUGUGAUAAGAGUGUCAGCCCGGGAAGCUAUGGUGAAGAUAGUAUUGAAUGAGAAUGAAAUUGUGGAGGUGUUGGGCCAACAUCAAGAGGUGGAGGACAACACCAAACUCGCCAGAACUAAACAGGAUGUCACCAUAAAGGAUGAAGUAAUUGUCGAGGAUAGAGAUUCCUUGUCCCUGCCCAUAUCAGAGGUGACAGAGGGUGACUGCUACAGCGGCCAGGUCUUAGAGGAUAGCAAGGAUCACACGAGGGACAUGCAGUACCUCCUCUCUCAUUACUCCCAGUCUGACCAGGAUUUUUCCGAGACCAAAGAGAUUGCAAUGGAUCCUAGUCUGCAGGAGUCGGUGGAUCAGACGCCGGACUAUGUGGUGGCUCAGUCCCCACACUGUGUUGUGGAUGAGACACCACACUGUGUGGUGGAACCUCUGGUAGAGCCCCCUUCUGAUCCUCUGAUGGAUAAUCAUCAAGAACAGACUGAUCAGGCAGACGAACUUGACAAAAUCCAGUAUGAAGUUGAUGGAAUAGAGAGCAUUGGAGAUUCUCUGAUUAGUGGAACUGAAGGGGAAAUUGUGGUGUUUCAGAGAGAAGAUGGGACAUUUGUGAACCAGGACGGAACGCCAGUCUCCAGCGAACUUCAGUAUUUGAUUACCAGUUCGGAACUAGUAAUCAAAUACUGACAGUUUCCGACAAGACUCGACUCCAGCUUUAGGGUCUGAAGAAGACCAGGCUGACCACACAUCCUAGUGCCUCCAGAUACUUUUGAGUUACUCUAGUGAGGUAGAGGUCGGUAAAAAAAAAAAAAAAAUGUUUA